GAUUCUGUAAACGUUAAAGUUCUUGUUUCUUCAUCAUCUUCUUCUUCUUCGUUUGCUCUUUCAGAAUCGAUGCAGCCAAAAAUGGUUCCAGUAAGCGUUUUUCUUCUUCUGUUGUUGAGUUUCGUCGUCGUCGUCGUGUGUGCUCAAAGUAAUGGAACUCGAAUUUCCACUGGUAGCUCUCUUGUCGCCGGUAGUUCUUCUGUUCAGGCAUGGCGUUCUCCUUCUGAUGAUUUCGCUUUUGGUUUCCGGAACGUUGAUAAUAAUAACGAUGAUCUUUUUUUGCUUGCUAUCUGGUUUUACAAAGUACCGGAAAACAAUAUCGUUUGGUUCGCCAAAGAAAAGGACAACAAUCCUGUUUUCGCACCAAGAGGAUCGAAGAUUGAGCUUACCGCUUCAAGUGGAUUGGUUCUUCGAAAUGGAAACGGUGGAGAAAUCUGGAAAUCGAAGCCUAUUACGGCUUCUGUUGCCUUUGGUAGUAUGAAGGAUACUGGUAAUUUCGUGCUUGUGGAUUCAAUCAAUGGAUCCAUUUGGGAGAGUUUCUCAUAUCCAACGGACACGUUGCUUCCUACGCAGAAAUUGGAGGUUGAUGGCGUUCUAUCCUCCCGUAAAUCUCAAGGUAAUUUCUCACUUGGAAAGUUUCAGUUCCGUUUGCUUAGAGAUGGAAAUGCUGUUUUGAACACCAUAAAUUUGCGCUCUGGCUUUCCAUAUGAUGCAUAUUAUAUUAGCAACACUUAUGAUUCUGCUAGUUCACAAAAUUCUGGCCUCCAAGUGAUUUUUGAUGAACAAGGAUUUUUGUAUGUGCUGAAAAGAAAUGGAGAGCAAUCUAACAUUACACAGCCUAGUGUUGGUAACCCUGUAGAGGCUUAUUAUUACAGAGCCACCAUGAAUUUUGAUGGAGUUUUGGGUGUAAGUUCUUAUCCAAAGGGCAUAGAUGGAGAUGCCAAUGGAAGCUGGAAAGACUUGUUUAGAAUACCUGAUAAUAUCUGUCUUUCUAAUGAAAAUCCAAUUGGAAGACUUGGCUCUGGAAUCUGUGGAUUCAAUAGUAUUUGCACAUUGAAAUCUAAUGGAAGACCGAUUUGUAAUUGUGCACAAGGCUAUUCUUUAGUUGAUCCAAACGAUGAAUUGGGUAAUUGCAAACCAUAUAUCACACAGAGUUGUGAUGAAGAACAAGAAGGUGCUGGAAACUUCAACCAGAAUCUAUAUGAACUGGUGGAUCUUCCAAAUACUAAUUGGCCAAUGUAUGAUUAUGAGCGUUUCUCCACUUUAAAUGAACAAGUUUGCAAAAGUUCUUGCCUGGAAGAUUGCUUUUGUGUGUUAGCAGUGUUUGGAGGCAGUGAUUGUUGGAAAAAAAGGCUACCACUCUCAAAUGGAAGACAGGAUGCAAGUAUAACAGCUGUUUCUUUCCUUAAAUUAAGAAAAAAUGUCUCACUUGAGAGUUUCCCAGAUGCUGAUAGAACAGUAAAGAAACAAAGAACACUAAUUAUUGUCAUGUCUGCUCUCUUUGGUAGCUCUGUGUUUAUCAUCUUUAUAUUGUUGGGAUUCAAAUGUUUAGGCUUAUUUGUCUUGAAAAAGGAGAAAUUAGCUGAAACUUGCACAAAGAAUGUCUUUUCUGAGUGUAACUUAAUCCAGUUCACAUUCAUGGAUAUCUACAAAGCAACAAAUGGUUUCAAGGAAGAAAUAGGAAGAGGAUCAUGUGGAAUUGUUUACAAAGGAACAACAGAAGCGGGUGAUAUUGCUGUCAAGAAAUUGGAUAGAAUGUUUGAAGCAGAUAGAGAUAAAGAGUUCAGAACUGAAAUGAAUGUCAUCGGCCAAACGCACCAUAAAAAUUUGGUACGUUUGCUUGGAUAUUGCGACGAGGGAAGCAACCGGAUGCUUGUUUACCAAUUCAUGAGCAAUGGCUCAUUGUCUAGCUUCCUCUUCAAUGGUGAUCCGAAACCGAGUUGGAAGCUUAGAACUCGAAUAGCCUUUGAAAUUGCUAGAGGUCUCUUGUAUCUACAUGAAGAAUGCGACACACACAUCAUUCAUUGUGAUAUAAAGCCACAGAACAUACUUCUUGAUGAGGAUUACAAUGCCAAGAUCUCUGAUUUUGGGCUGGCAAAGUUGUUAAAGGUAGAUCAAAGUAGAACUGAAACUGGCAUAAGAGGGACAAAAGGAUAUGUGGCUCCAGAUUGGUUCAGAUCUUCGCCGAUAAACGCCAAGGUCGACGUGUACAGUUAUGGAGUGCUGUUGCUAGAGAUCAUAUGUUGCAGAAGGAAUGUGGAGACAGAACUUGGUGAUGGUGAAAGAGAGGAGGGAAUGAUUUUGACUGAUUGGGCCUAUGAUUGCUAUGAGAAAGGAAGGGUGGAAGCUUUGAUUGAAGGAGACAUGGAAGCCAUGGAUGACUUUCAUAGAGUGGAAAGGUUUGUAAGGGUAGCAAUUUGGUGCAUUCAAGAAGAUCCAUCCAAGAGACCCACCAUGGAAAAGGUUAUGUUAAUGCUUGCAGGUAAUGUAGAUGUUUCUGUUCCGCCAUGCCCUUACCCAUUUAGCUCCAUGGUUUGAAGCAAGUCUCUGAGCACUGAAAAUGGCCCCUCUUCCCAUAUAAUCAUCAUCAUUCAACUAAAUCAUGUAUGGGAAGAACUUGGAAUCACAAACAUUCUUCAACUUCUAAUCUAGUUCAUUCAAUGUAUCUAGUGUUUUUUAUAUUUUAUAAAGUUAAUUCAAUCACAUAUUCAUUUAUCUCGUUACCAUUGUAAUUAUAUGGCCCAAAGAAAGUAAAGACUAGCUCGAGUCACCUAGUUAUGUAGUAGAUCGUUUGAUUUAAAGGUUUAUUAUGAUGUGUGAAAAUAAGAUGUUU